UCCCUUUUAGUAUUAUUAAAAAUGUAUAGCUUAGUGGCUUAAUAGUAUUUUAGACUGUUAUUUUUUUUUUGUUUUUACAUCAGUGUGCUUAUGCUAAAAUACUAAAAUACACUUGUGUCUACUGGAAAAUUAAUUAAAAGUUAGUGUAUGUGCUUAAGAGCUAUAUUUGUGACAUUUUCCUUGCUUAUAUGCAUUUGAUUUUCAACAAGCACUAAUCUUUAUAUUUCCAAUUCCUAUAACCCCCCAAAGUAUUAGCUGAGUCAUGAGUCAUUUAUUGAUGUCCUAGUAUUCACUUGUUUAGCUCCUUCUUUAUUAAAGGCAUAGGUAGGGGGAAGCUGGGUGGCUUAGUCGGGUAAGUGUCUGACUUUGGUUCAGGUCAUGAUCUUGUGGUUGGUGUUUGAGCCCGCAUCUGACUCUGUGCUGACAGCUCAGAACCUGGAGUCUGCUUCAGAUUCUGUGUCUCCCUCUCUCUCUGCCCCUCCCCCAGUCACACUCUGUGUCUCUUCUUAAAAAUAAGUGAAUGUUAAAAAAAAAAAAAGGCAUAAGUAGGGGAUAUAAAGAAAUGCUGAGAUUAGGAUCAUUGUUGGAGUUCACAGGUAAGGUUUAAAUUUUUUUAAUGUUUAUUUAUUUAUUUUUGAGAAAGAGAGAGAGAGUGAGCAGGGGAAGGGGCAGAGAGAGAGAGAGGAGAGAGAGAAUACCAAGCAGGCUCCGCAUUGUCAGUGCAGAGCCUGACCUGGGGCUCCAUCUCACGAACCAUGAAACGAUGACCUGAUUGGAAAUCAAGAGUUGGACACUUAACUGACUGAGCCAUCCAGGUGCUCCUAAGGUUUAGAUGCUUGUAAAUUAAAAAGCAAUCAAAUGCAGUCUAUAAUUAUGUAUCAAGUUAAUGGUACACAUAGUGAAGUUUGAGAUUUCAGAGAAGAGGGCCCUGAGGGUGAGCUUUUGCUGGUUGAGAAUGUUUUUAUGGAGAAGGUAUGACUUAGAGUGGGUCUUGAAUCAUAGGCAGGAUUUAAAUGGUUGGAGAGGUGGAGGCCACAUCAGGUUUGGGGAGAGGAAUGGAUUAGAAUGAGCUGGUAUGUAUGGGAGUGUGUAGAGUUCAUUCGGAAGAAGAGGGAGUUUGUAUUGGCAAUAGUAAAGUUAGUAAAAGAGGCUGUGGUUAGGUGAUAAGGGCCUUGAAAAUUGCUAAAGAUUUGAUCCUGUGGGAAAUGUGUUUUGGAAAAGAGAGUGACAGAAUACUUUAAGAAAAUGAAUCUGGGGGGUGCCUGGGUGGCUUAGUUGGUUAAGUGUCUGACGCAGGUCGUUAUCUCAUGGUUGGUGAGUUUAAGCCCCACAUUGGACUCUCCACUCUCAGAGCAGAGCCUGAUUUGAAUCCUUUGUCUCUCUCUCUCUCUGCCCCUCCGUGUUCUCACUCUCUCUCUCAAAAAUAAAAUAAGCACUAGAAAAAAAGAAAGCGAAUCUGGUGAUAAUAUACAGUAUAUAGCACAGAGGUAAAGAGCAUGGGUAUAGAAUCAGAACCAUAGCCUUGACUAUUUAUUUGCUGUAUAAACUUUGGCAAAUACUUUAUCCAUUCUGAGCCUUAGUUCCCUCAUUAAAGAACUUAAUUUAUUAAUUAAGUUUUAUUUUUCAUUGUGGUGAAAAAUACUGUUGCUCUAUUUUUAAAAUGGAGGUGUUGAAUAAUAAUACCACCUAUCUCUAGGGUUAUUGUGAGGAGUAAAUGAGAGGAAGUAUGUAAAAUGCUUGGUCCUUUCAUACAUGCCUGGCACAUAAUCCUUCAGGAUAGAUUAGCUAAAAAUAUUAUCUAAAAGGGAAGAGGCUUAUGGGGCCCCAGCCCCUGGUGGUGUCACCCAGAGACCCUGUGGUCAUGUGCCCUCAUGAUGGCAACUGGCUAUGGAGCAGCACAGUGGCAAGACAAUUUUUGCCAACUUUACUCGCUCUGAGGAUGCUGGAGGGAAUGGCUGAUGUCACUGUGCACAGGCUGAACCAGUCUUAGGAGAGGGGCUGAAGUUUGCUAGUGAAGGAUGUGUGUUCAUCUGCUGCCAAGUAGGAGAAAAACCUUUUUGCAAAGAUCCAAAUAAUGACUUCAGAAAAAGCUUGGAAGUGGGGCACCUGGGCGGUCCAGUGGGUCAAGUGUCCAACUUUGGCUCAGGUCAUGAUCUGACAAUCUGUGAGUUCGAGCCCCGCUUCGGGUUCUGUGCUGACAGCUCAGAGCCUGGAGCCUGCUUCGGAUUCUGUGUCUCCCUCUCUCUCUGCCCCUUCCCUGCUUGUGCUCUGUCUCUCUCUGUCUAAAAAUAAAAUAAAAACAUUAAAAAAAAUUAAAAAAAAAAAAGAAAAAGCUUAAAAGUAACUGCAGUGUCUAUACUACCUAAAUAUGGAACAUCUCAAAAACUGGUAGAAUCUGAGUGUCUUCAGGCCAACUUUGUGGAGAUGUUGUUCUCUGGAUGUUAGCAUUUUAAAUUAUAGCUUAUUUAUUUAUUUUAAGAGAGAGAGAGAACAGGUGCACAAGUGGGGGAGGGACAGAGAGAGCGGGAGAGAGAGAAUCCCAAGCAGGCUCUGCCCUAUGAGUGCAGAGGCUGAUAUUGCAAGGCUGGAUCACACAAACCAUGAAAUCAUGACCUGAGCUGAAAUCAAGAGUGGGACGCUUAACCAUCUGAGCCACCCAGGUGCCCCUCUGGAGAUUAACAUUCGAUGAUGGCAAUUUUGUCUUCAUUUCCUGAUUUGCUUUAGUAUAAAAGAAACUGCAUACUUGCCUUGAAUUCAUGUUUAGUAAUAAAUAAAUAAGUAAAUAAUGAUGUAAAAGAAAUGGUAUGUCUAAACAGGAAGUGCUAUUAAAUGCUCAUGAACCCUCAAAAAAAAAAAAAGGGAAGAGGCUAGGGAUAGUGAGAUUAGGGGAGACUUAUAAUUAAAUUAUGAGUUUCUCAGGCAUUUUUCUCACACUGUAUUAUAGCUGACCCUUUAACAAGGUUGGGGGCAGGGGGUGAGGGACACCGAAACUACCCCCUCACAUAAAAAAUCUGGGCAUAAAUUUUGACCUCUCCAAAACUUAACUACUAAUAGCCUACUGUUGACUGAAAGCCUUGUUGAUAAUAUAAACAGUCUAACAUAUUUUGUGUGUUAUAUGUAUUAUAUAUUGUAUUCUUAUCACAAAGUAAGUUAGAGAAAAGAAUGUUAUUAAGAAAAUUAUAAGGAAGAUAAUAUACACUUACACUAGUGUACUAUAAAAAAAUCUAUGUGUAGGCAGAUCCACAGGAUCUGUCUCUUGCUUCAACAGUGUUGGGAGGGAACACAUCCAGGGAAUAGCUUCUUCCAGCCCCCCACCACCCUUCCAACUUCU